CUAAUCAUUGAGUAGACAUGCUUCGAGUGGUGUUUACUUUGGGCAAGGCUAAUAAAUUUAUUGCUUCGAAAUUACUUCAACGAGCUUCUGUGUCAAGGAUGUCAAUGAAAGCUGUAGUAGUCCAUGAAUUUGGAGACUCGAGUAAGCUUUCGUACGAAGAUGUGCCGAUUCCUGAUGUCGGCAAGGAAGAGGUUCUUGUGAAAAACAGUUUUUGUGGUGUGAAUUUCAUAGAUAUUAUGUGUCGACAAGGUGUGAUGGCACAGCGGUUUCCUCAAAAUUCCACCAUGGGGUUUGAAGGAUCGGGAGUAGUGGAGAAAGUUGGUGAAGGUGUACAAAAUGUAAAUGUUGGUGACAAGGUUGCUUACAUUGGAUUUGAUGUAGGUUCCUAUGCCGAGUACAGUAAAGUGCCACUGUGGAGGGUUAUCAAGACACCAGAUAAUGUCUCCCUGGAGAAAGCAGCAAGUACUCUAUGGCAAGGGAUGACAGCUUAUUGCUUUGUUGACAACGUGUACCCUAUCAAGGCUGGUACUAAGGUACUUAUACAAGGCAUUGCAGGAGGUGUUGGUAACCUACUUUGUCAAUUGGCAAAAAUAAAAGAUGGUUUUGUUAUUGGCACAUGCAGCACAGAAAAAAAGCGUGCUAUAGCCAAAGAAGCAGGAGCUGACGAGGUUAUCUUGUACUCAGAAAAGGAUUUUGUGGAAGAGACAAAACGAAUCACUGAUGGUAAAGGUGUCAAUGUUAUUUAUGAUGGAGUUGGUAAAACCACCUUCUUGAAAGGAUUUGAUUGCUUGGCACCUCGUGGCACCAUGGUCCUAUAUGGGGCUGCAUCAGGUAACCCAGACCCAAUAAAUCCCAUGAUGCUUGCCAGAGGCUCAUACUACUUAACAUUUGGUUCCCAUGUGCCUUAUACAAGUGACCCUGACUUAUACCCCAAGAUGGCUACAGAGCUCCUUGAUUUGGUUGCACAAGACAAGCUUAAGUUUGGUUCUGUUGAAAAAAUCCCUCUGGCUAAUGUGCAGGAAGCCCACGACAGGUUACAAGGUAGGAAGACAGCUGGGAAAGUCCUUCUUGUUCCUUAAAUAGUAUCCUAAGGUAUACUUACUCUGAAGUGGUGGACUAUGCAAUGAAGCAAUGUACCUUUUAAAAGUGUAACUUCAGAUAAUGUGAGGAGUGUUUGCAUUGAAAUUAAAGACCUGGAUCACACUUUCUUAGGACAUAUCCAAGAACAGUGGAGUAGAGUAAAACGUUGAGAGGACAGAUUAGGAGAAAGGAAAAUAGGAUAUUUGUACUAUAAGUCAAAUUAUGUCAAACACGUUCACCUUAAAUAAACAUACGGGAAAGAAUCAA